AUGCUGGCUCUUCUACACAGUGAAAGAAGAGAACUUGCCUCUACAAUGUUGCCACGAAGAGAGCCUUUCGAAAUUCUGUAUCGCCUUAACUGUGAAAAUCUCUGUGCAGAUUUUAAGGAAGACAUAGAGUUUAAAUUUUCCCUAGGGUUGGUUGCUUUAGUUCAGCGUGUCUUAGGUAAAGCCAGCAGCCGUAUUGUGAAUUCCAAACACAAGGAAAAUAUUUCACGAAGUGUUCCAAUGACACCUAUGACCCCAAGCAAUGAACCCCAGUUUGCAGUUUCUCAAGAUGAUUGGUCAAUCAUUAGUCGAUUUGCAGUUGCCACUGUUGGUUCUCAAGGUACCAUGGGAUUAGCAUUAGCAUUAGGGCUUCUUUUCAAAACUGUUGGGUGGCGGUUCAUAGUGUUCACAGGUGGAGUAUAUGGUUGUCUAUAUGCAUAUGAGAGACUCACUUGGACAAACAAAGCAAAAGAGCGUGUAUUCAAGAAGCAGUAUGUUGACCAUGCCACCCGAAAAUUAAGGCUAAUAGUAGAUCUAACAUCUCACAACUGUUCUCAUCAAGUUCAGCAGGAGCUCAGCGGUACAUUUGCCCGUCUUUGUCGAUUGGUUGAUGAAAGUACCAGCGAGAUGCAGAGAGAUGUACGAUCCUUGGAACGUGAAGUGCAGCAGUUGGAGGAUACUACGGCUAUGGCAAAGAAGUUGAGAAAUAAAGCCCACUAUUUAGCUAAUGAGUUAGAUAUCUUUCAGCAGACUUAUUUGUCAUCUGAUGAGUAAUUACUUAGGAAAGAUUAGUAAAUAUAUAAGGUUGAGUCACAGUUUCAUAAUCCAAGAUUAUUUUGUUAAUGUUGAGUGUACAGAAAGAAUAUUUCAUAUUUUUAGUAUAGUUUCAUCUCAUCUCAUAUCUAUGAAGGAGAGAGCAUUCACUGCUUUAUAAUUAUAUACUAAUUGAGAAAGGUAAGUGGCAUUAUUAUUUUUAUUAUUAUUGAUAUCGCUACCUAUGUGAACCCCAUAGUAAAUAAUGUGCCUGGAUUAUAUUUCAGUGAAAUUGAUCAAAUUUGUACAAUUUUAGUUGUUUUGUAAUCCAAAUAAAAGUAAUAUUUUGGGUAGAAUAGAGUAAAAUUAAUCAUUUCAUGCUGGAAAAUAUGUGGAUUAAGUUUACCAAGACAUGAAUUUUUUAUUAAGUUAGAUGCCAGCUUGCAAAGAAUUAAUUUCAUACAUGAAAUUUCAUCACAAGAAUUCAUGUAGUUAAUAAUGUAGUUUAUACCUGUUAAAUCAUUAGUAACUUGAAAGUUUUUAAUAGGAAAAUAUGUGAUGCUGUUCAUCUGUAAGCCUACCUCUUGAAGUGCUUAUUGCAUUAAACAACUUGAAUUUCAGGCCAUUGGGUCUUUUUAUGGAAGUCAGUACAAAUUCUACCCAUAUAGAAUUUUAACUGUUCUUUUUAUGUUCUACAUUUUGACAGUGAUUACAUUUGUGCAAGACAUUAUUGUAUUCAAGUUGCCAUUUAUAUUAAGUCUUAUAAAUGUCAGUAAUUACAAAUCUUACGAACUGAAAACACAACUUUAUAUAAAGUACUGUACCGAUAAUAUUUUGAACUACACUUAUUUUAGUGUUUUCUUGUAUCUUAAUGAUGACAGUUUUUUGUCACCUUGGCACUUUCCAUACUUAUCAGAGUGCUCAUUUUGAACAAUAUUUGCUUUAAAUUUUUAGAUUUUUUGUAUUUAGUAAAUUAGUGAAUUAAAAAAAUUAACAUGGGGUGUGGUUGGUAGCUUUGUAAACAACAACAAAAAGUCAUAAGGAUUGUAUUUCUCCCUGUAUCUUUGUAGAUAGGGUGUUCUAAGUUGCAUUCUUCUCCUGUAGUAGUUUUGAAAGAAAAGAUCUGCCUGUUUUGUGUUUAGUCCAUCUUUACAGCCAUACCUAAAAGUUAAGUAACAUUAACAGUGGUUUUAGUAAUUUUUGUAUCUUUAUUACAAGAACUUUAUUUGAAAAUUUUAAUCUAGUUUUUAGCUUGACAAGAAGACAGGUUCUGUUCUUAUAGUUUAAGAGCAGACCAUAUCAAUAAAGUCUACUGAAAUCAAAGUAAGAGAAUGUAAAAAUAGUUAGGUAAUGAUAGGAUGGAAACUUAAGUGAUGGAUAAGGACUUGGCAACUAAGAAGGCCUUUAUCUAUUUACCAUUCAUAUUCUUGGUAAUGAAAUUUCUAGUGCUGUAAGAGAAAUAAAUAUUUAUUCUAAUAUACUGCAGUGGGAGAAUGGGUGUUCUUUUUCUCUUGUAGUGGACAUUUUCUUUUUUCUUAAUAUAAAAUUGUAUCUACUCCUACUAAAGUGUAAGACAAUUUAUAAAGUUUGAUGCAUCUAAACAAAUUUCUAUCAAGCAAUUAACACCACAGUUAGCGGUUGUAAUAGUUUUUACUUAAGCAGGACAGGAAAUUUGGGAAGCAUUAAUUGAAAUUGGUGACCUGAGAUGUAUUGCGUGGUUGUAUAUGAAAUUCUUUAUUUGUAAAUAUUGUACAUGUCAAAAAAUAAAGGUGUAAAUAAAGGCCUUUAUGGGCAAGUGGUUGUUAAAAUGAAAAAAGUACUGAACAUUUAUGUGAGAAAUCUUUUCCAAUAUAGAUGGAAGGUCAAAGUCUUAGUAUGAAUUAUUAUUGUAAAUUGUAACAUACUAAGGUAUGAACAUCAUUGAUGGGUAUUGGUAUGAGGAAUGCCAUUCCUGAAAAGGUUGCUAAUUCAUAGAUUAACAAUUGCAAUUUGAUGCUACAAUAGUUAUUGAUUAAUCUUGCAAAGGUUUGUAUCUGCACAUCUUGUGCAAAAUUGUAUAUCAAUAUUCAAGCUUGGUAUUGUUGCACAAUAUUUUGGAAGCCAAUCCUUAUUGAUGUUGGUUUAGUAUCAAAAUUGCUUUAAGUCUUCUCAACUUAGUAUAUUUUAUUUAAUUACCUAAAAAUUGGCUUGGAUAAUUAUUGUAAAUAUUUUGGAAAUAUUGCUUUUUAUAAUAUAUCUUUAGGUCAGUUUUUCUAGAGUAUGUGACCAAGCACUUGUGCUGUAUUUUUUUUAUAGAAAGGUUAUUUUGAUUUACGACUUAAAAGAGGAUUUACCUUCAACAACAUUUAGAACUCUAGUGAAUUAGAAUUCUAGUCAAUAAGGUUUUGAGCUUUAUUGCCAUUUUCUUUUAUAAAAUUUGCAUUUAUUUUGUAUAAAUACAUUAUAAAGUAAAAUCCUGGUAGCUAGAAAUGUGUUUAUUAAAAAGUUGUACAGAUGAUAGUCUUUAUUUACAAUAAAGUUUGGUAUCAGUGUGCCAUUUUUACGUAGAAGAGCUGUGAAUGUUAAUUCAGUAAAUGUUUAUUAUGUACAUAUUUGCCUUCCCUCUUGAGGUAUGUAGAAUCCCACAUCAUUUUUGUCAUUAUGAUGUGAAGGUGCGUAUAGUCUGUUGUAGUGUAAAUAAUGUAAACUGCUGGACAUGUUAUAAAUUAAAGUUUACCAUAGUGUAAAA